CGGAUAUUACGAUAUCAAUUAUCAGACACCCACCAGUCUUGGUGCUUCUGGCAUACGUGAUGGCAACUUGGGCUCCGUAGCUUAUUCCACAAUGUCCGAUGGCCGAUUCGCUCGAACCGAUGAUAAUUCGAGUCCAGUCAGCAAUGUUCCUAGUACAAUGUCACAGCAAACUGGUUCCGGUGGUCCAAUGCUAAAUCUUCCGUAUGCCUAUUUCUAUGUUGCAAACAUGAUGCCUGGAAGCUUUCAGUAUGAUACACCUGCACUAUACCCGCAACAAUUAGCCACGAAUGCAUCGUCGAAUGCACAAUUCGCCAAACCAUCGUACAACAGUGCGUACGGUUCGUCUGGCUACGAUGCGCUCGGUCAACCAACACAAGACUACAAUAAGACUGCUUAUCAAGGUAGCGGUACCCAGCAAUCGAAGGGGCAAAAUGUAUCAAAUCAGCCACCAAGUGGCACUGGAACAGACAUUUCGUCAUCGAUGUACGGUAACAAAAACCAUGCUGCUCUAAGCAAAGUCAAUUCUUACGAAAAAAGGUCGUUCCAUAGUAAUACACCUCCGCCGUUUGGACAAACCGCCGGAGCCACAUCUCAAUACGGUGCACAACAACUUUACAUUCAAGCUAUGCCAGCUGCUCUGCAUAACAUGAACAUGCAUCAACAAAUUCAUCACGAUUAUUUCUUUUAAAACGACAACUGAUAAAUUUAUUCACUUAAAAUUAAUGCAAUAGAUUUAAUUCCUCGAAUUUUUCGACACACACACACGUACCUCUUUUGUUUCAUUUUUGUUUUGUUUUUUCUCGAAGAAAAAGAGCAUUAAAAAUCAAUAAUUUAUGAAUGAAGAAUACUAGCAAGCAGAUAAAAUCCAAAAAUAAAUUAAAAACAGAGAAGAAGAAACAAAAAAUUGAAUAAAAUAAUGUGUCGCAGACCAAGCAACGAAACGAAGCUACCAAAUAAAUCGGCGAUGCGAAAGUGCCUCCGAAAACAGCCGUGUUCAGGCGUUUGCAAAUAUUGAAACUUGUUUAAUGAAACCGAAUGAGAAAGAAAACACACACAGAGUGAAACAUUGAGAUUGUAAAUUUUGUCGGAAAAUAAGUGUUUUUUUUUUGGGAAAACAAAUAAGUACCUAUCAUUUAUACCAAAUCGGUGCAUUUAAAUGCAUGAAGCAAAAUCGCCGAAGAUACAAAAUGGACCGAAAUAAAGGAAUUCUGUAAAAAAAAAACAACGAAAAAUUAUCCGAAGAAAAUCACACACACACACACAAAUACACACAAGACACACAUUGAAUUCAUUUCAGCUCAAUCGAAUAUAGACGAUAUGUAAUUUAAGCAUUGCAAAUUAAUUUUACGUUUAUAAAACGAUAGACGAAAAAAAGCAAGUAACAAACGAUGUUGUUGAUCUUUGGGAGCUGAAGUAAUACGUACAUACCAUAUACACAGACAAACACACACAUACUGAGACACAAUUAUAAACGACCAAAUCAAAAGAAGAAAAAAAGAAUUCAAAUAAAAAUGCUUUGCAUUGAAAAGUAAAUGAGAAAGCAUUCGAGCCAAUCAAGUGUAAUGUUAUUCACCCAAAGCAGGGAUUUUCUUUUUUUGUUGUUUCUCUUAGUCGUUGUUGUUUCUAUAUUCGCCUGAAAUGGUUCGUUUAGCGCGGGGACAUUGAAUUAUAUAAGCAAACUUAGUUUAUUGUUUGAAAUUGCCUAUUGACAGUGCAUGACACACAUACAAACAAUGGUAAUCGAGAUGGUUCUCUACUUGUUCUUAAUCCGUUUUUUUAUUUGAUUUUUUUUCUGUAUUUCGUAUCUGGUCACAUUAUUUACUCUAUUUCCUAUUUAAAUAUUGUGCUUAAACCUAUUUGAUAUGCAAUAGUUAGCUGUAACUUGAAAUUUAGACGUAGUGUUUUUUUUCCUUGCGACUGGUUACUACGCACUAUCAAUUUUUUGUUAUUUAAAGCAAAACCAAUUUACUCUUAUCUAUAGACCACUUAAAUCUUUGUUUCUCUUUUUUUCAAUUUUGUUCGUUUUGAAUUUGCACCUAAUGUUCACUUUUACCUCUGCUUAAGUAGGACGAUGAUUCUCUUCUUCUUCUUUUUUUGUUGUUGUUAUUCAAUAGAAAUACGAAGAAAACUUACAUAAAUAAAAUGUUUUUGAAUGUACUGUCAACUGUUAAGCUUAAAGUGAUUUAGAGCGAGAGUGGGAGAAAGAAAUAGAAAAAAUAUUUAGAAACCGUUCGAAAAACAACCACAUACAAGUUUCAAAUUACGAAUAAGGAAACCAAACAAAAACAAGCAAAUCUAGAAAUAAUGUUUAUGUUCAAAUUCAGAAUGAAAAAUGUCAUACAAUUCAGAAGAACCGAACAAAAAAAAACUUUAUUUUGCAUGCAAA